UGGAUUGAACGAGAUGCCGUUGUUCAGUCUGGGAGUCGAAGCAGAUGGAUGAGGUUGGUGGUAUUUGGAAGCGUUAAAUUAAACGAUACCUCGCACUCAAAAGUGCAACGAGAGAGGAAUAUUUUAUUACUAUAAUCUCAAUGAAGAAAAACGCUGUUGGUACAGUUAGGGAAAGUAGGGUUGAAGUUGCUGAAUUCCUCAGCUGCUUCUAGUUUGAAAGAAGUUUGCUUCGAGUUGUCCUGUGGAAGUGAAGCGGCGCGAUGAUGCCGGUUGGGGUAGGUUCUUGCAGCCAGGGGAGAAGCGGCUUGUUAACCGACAUCCAGACCCCCAUCAUGACAGAACCAUUCGGUAACAGCUACAGUUUGCUCCCAGGGAAAGAACUCGGCAGGGGAAAGUUUGCUGUGGUUAAGAAGUGUGUUAAAAAGAGCACUGGAAAAGAAUAUGCUGCUAAGUUCAUGAGAAAGAGAAGAAAAGGGCAAGACUGCCGCCUGGAGAUUAUCCAUGAAAUUGCUGUUAUAGAAUUGGCCACUUCGAACUGUUGGGUGAUUGAUAUCCAUGAAGUUUAUGAGACAUCAUCUGAAAUGAUCCUGGUACUUGAAUAUGCUGCAGGUGGUGAAAUAUUUAACCAGUGUGUAGCUGAUCGAGAUGAGGCCUUUACAGAGAAAGAUGUCAAACGGCUGAUGAAACAGAUAUUACAAGGAGUUGCAUUUUUGCAUAUGAAGGGUGUGGUUCACCUUGAUUUGAAACCCCAGAACAUUUUGCUAACUAGCGAAUCUCCCCUUGGAGAUGUCAAGAUAGUUGACUUUGGACUUUCUAGAAUUGUCAGCAGCAAUGAGGAACUGAGAGAAAUUAUGGGAACACCAGAGUAUGUUGCACCUGAAAUUCUUAAUUAUGAACCAAUCAGCACAGCUACUGACAUGUGGAGUAUAGGUGUACUGGCCUAUGUUAUGCUCACUGGAACUUCCCCUUUUCUGGGAGAUGACAAACAAGAAACCUUUCUUAAUAUUUCUCAGAUAAAUGUCAGCUACAAUGAAGAGGAAUUUGAACGGAUAUCUAAAUCAGCAGUUGACUUCAUAAAAGCCCUUCUGGUUAAAGAACCACAUAAAAGAGCCACAGCAGAAGAGUGCCUGUGUCAUAUUUGGCUGCAGGAAGAUCCAGAGGAGGAAGCAGAAUCUGAAUGCCUCACUCUCACUAGUAGCAGUCCAGACAUGUCUACGUUAAAGGAGCCAGAGAAACCAAGUCAGAUGACAGAGGAGCUCAUUGUUAUGGCAGCAUACACACUUGGACAGUGCAGACAGUCAGAGAAGGAUAACAUUACCUCUGAUAAGAAGGCCAUCUCCAAGAGGUUCAAGUUUGAAGAACCGUUCAGUUCGCUGCAAGAGAUUCCUGGUGAAUUCAUAUACUGAAACACCUUUGUUUUAGGGCUUUAUAUAAGCACUGGCCUCAGAUCUAAACACACAGACUUUUCAGCCAAACCAUUGUUCCUUUUGUGCUGGUUAAAUUUAUUCUGAGUAAAAUACUAAAUGUAUUAGCCUUGCUUGUAAGAUAAAUAUUAUUGUCUGUGCCAUGCUUGGAAUUAAAAUAUAUGGUGGGGUAUUUGACCGUUGAUUAUAAUACUGUAUGUGUAAUGUAAUGAGUGAUACAGGGAAAAAAAAAAUGUUCCCAGCCUGAAAAGAGUUCCAAGUGUUAAACAUGAAAAAGUUAAAUAUUUGUACAAAUGUAGCCUUCAGAUUAAUUGUAUUUUUUUUGUUGUAAAAAUUCUUAAAAUUUGCAUCUGAUUUCUAAUCCUCUUAGAAAUACACUAUAAGGCCAAAAGUAUGUGGACACCCCUCCAAAUUAUUGAGUUUAUUGUUAACAGGUACGUACAAUCAAACACAGUUGAAUAUAUUGCACUGAAGAGGUCAGUGACCUUAAAGUGGCACCGUCAUAAGGUGCCCCUUUUGCCACAGUUCAGUUUCUGUGUUUUGUCAGAUCUUCCCUGGUUGGCACUAUGUGCUGUUAUUGUGAAGUGGAAGUGUCUAGAAGCAACAGCAACACAGCAAAGAGUUGUGGACCAAGCAAACGUGCAAAGUGGGGCCACCGAGUGCUGAAGUACAUUGCACAGAAAAAUGGCCUCUCCUUUGUUGCAUCGCUUGCAGCAGAGUUUCAAGUUGCCUUCUGGAAGCAACAACAACACAAGAAGUUUGUGUUGGCAGCUACAUGAAAAUGGGUUUCCGUGGCAGAGUGGCUGCAUACAAGCACAGGUUCGCUAUGUGCAAUGCCAAGCAUGCCACUGGAGUGAUGAAUCACACUUCACUCAUGGGCAGCCUGCAGGACGAAGCUGGAUUUGACAGAUGCCAUGGUGAAUGCUACCUUCCAGACUGCAAAGUGUCUACUAUAAAGUUUGAUGUAGGAGGAAUAGUGGUGUGGUGCUGUUUUUCAGAUUUUGGGCUGGGCCCCUGUUGUCCAGGGCAGAGGGCACUGUUAAUGCUACCACAUACAUAGACAUUUUAGACCAUUGUGUGAUUCCAGCUUUGUGCAAACAGAAGGCAAUUUUCCGUUCCAGCAUGACUGUACCCCUGUGCACAAUGGCAAGUCUGUAAAAACAUGGAGGAACUUGACUGGCCUGCAGAGAGCCCUGACCUCUACCUAACUGAACAUCUCUGGUAAGAAUUGGAAGGCCAGUUGUGAGGCAAGUCUUCUCAACCAACAUAAUUACUUGACCCCACAAAUACUCUUGGAUGAAUGGGACCAAAUUCCCAGACACCCUCCAAAAUCUUAUGAAAAACCUUUCCUGGAGGGUGGAGGAUGUUACAGCUACAAAGGUGAGGCCAACUCCAUUUUAACGCCUAUUGUUCUGGAAUGGGAUGCCCAUCAAGAUCAGGAGUCCACAAACCUUUGGCCAUGUAGUGUAUGCACAAUAAUAACCAUGCCAGCUUCUUGAGUCAGGAGUGCACAUAGCCUCAAAUCUCAUUUUUAAAGUUAUAAUAAUUAAGCUUUCUGCUAGUUUGAAAAAAGUAAUAUUGUGGUAUUGUAAAUAUAUAUUUAAAAAUCCACCAGGAGAUUGGAUUGGAAAUUGGAUGUUUUAGUAAUUUUAGACAG